GAGUGCCAGUCUUAAAGCAGUGACUCGGCACUCUGUGUAGGAUCACUAUGAAUAUUAAUAGUCUAUUGCGUACCUAAAGUAUUUUAAUGACCUAUGGUAGUCACGCUCAUGAAGAAAUAGGUCCCAAGUCUCUGUAGUUGGGGAAUUAAAUUUUCUGUUGAGAGUUCAAGGAACAGAGGGGACCAACUACGAACCACAGAGAAUGGGUAGAAAGCUGAAAAGGUUGUGCUUUUUCAGCUCUGUGGUUGAAUCUGACACGAUUACCCCCUUGAAAGCUUGACAGCUCUUGCAAGUUGCAAGCAGCAGCAACCCCACUAGCCAGCGCUUCAGCAAUAACACAACCCACUUUUUGCGCCUUCUGCUUCUACUUGUGGCUGCUUUCUGAGCUCUUUCUGCCACCUCAGGGUCUGAAAUCCCAACCAACGACAAAAGAGACCAAGAGCAUACCAUCCUGUAACCACCAUUACAUCGGGUUGUCACAAUCUUCGCCGCUCUUGCCCUUCACUCCUAAGCAAAACAAAUCUAUAGUAAUCUCAAGCAGCUCUCAAGCACGCCCACAGAAUACCAUUCUACAAAUCGAAAAAUAAUGGUCGAGUAUAGCGAAAAUGUCGGGAUUGCGUUUGCGGUAGUCUUUGCGGCCGGUCUCUCUACCGCUGUUGGGGCAUCAGUGGUCUUUUUCCCUUCCUUGAUUCAAUAUGCCAAUCGGAGGACGUUGGCCGCUGGGCUGGGACUCUCGUCGGGGGUCAUGGUCUAUGUCAGCUUUGUGGAGAUCUUCAUAAAGUCGGUGGACUCGUUUGCAUCGGCGGAUUUCUUGGACCACCAGGCCUACCUGGCCGCAACGCUCUGUUUCUUUGCCGGCAUCGUUCUCAUGAUUUGUCUCAACUUGGUCAUUCACGGCGUAGCGUCGCACAAUCUGCUCACUUCCGGCGGAGGAUCGGACGACGACGACGAUGACAGUGAUGACGAAUUCAUGGACGAGGAUUCGAUCCCCUCCAAACGCAGUGGCACGUCGAGGGCUCCCCUCAACAACAACAACAACGAUGAUGAUGACCUGUCCCACACAGAGACCGCCGCUCUGAUUGACUCGGGGACUCCCUGCCUCUGCUCUGGCGACCCUGUAGAGAAGUUGGAGCACAUUCAGGAAAUGGCCAAGCGAUCCGCGGACAUUCACGAUCACAGCCACAGGAGUCAUACCGACGGCGAAAAUCAACAAUCUCAAACCGACGUGAUUGAAUUCUCGGAUGAAACGGGAGACGUUGAACAGGGUCUCGCGAACGACAAUGACUCCAAGAGGAAACACAAGAAUCCAUCGUCUACCGCGUCCACUUCCUCCAAAGGUUCCCAUAAAGAACCCUCCGGAAAGGACAAGAGAAAACUGACCAUGAUGUCCCUCAACACGGCGGUCGCCAUUGCACUCCACAAUUUCCCAGAGGGUUUGGCAACGUUUGUGGCGACUCUACAGGAUCCUGCUGUAGGAGCGGUUCUGGCCGUCGCCAUUGCCAUUCACAACAUCCCAGAGGGGCUUUGUGUGGCCAUGCCCGUGUAUUACGCCACGGGCAAUCGCUGGAGAGCCUUUUCCUGGGGUCUUCUCAGCGGAAUCUCGGAACCGAUCGCAGCUUUCUUCGGCUGGCUUGUUCUCGCCUCCUGGAUCAACGAUAUUGUCUAUGCCGUCUUGUUCGGUAUGGUCUCCGGAAUGAUGAUUGUCAUUAGUGUCAAGGAGCUCUUGCCCACGGCACAUCGAUACGAUCCCGAGGACGCGGUCGUAACGAAUUGCUUCAUCACGGGGAUGGCAAUCAUGGCACUCUCCUUGGUUCUGUUUGCCCAGUUGUAAAAGAAUGAGAGUGCAUGAAUUUGAAAUUGCAAAUCACACUCUGGGAUCAAGACCGAGGCUGACCGGGGUUGCCUUCCAAUUUUUCCGGUGACAAAAUGGGUUCUUUCUUCUCUCCGCUCCUCCUUCCUCCACAAGAACCACCAACGAACCACUAGACAUGUAAGCCAUAGAUGGGGGGCUGAGUUCUACCUUCCGAUGUAGUAUUAUUUAAAAGACAGAUACACACUAAACACAACUCAUGAAGACUUCUACC